AUGCCAGAGCCAGUGAAGAAAACAGUUUCAGCAUUUGCCAAGAAACCGAAGCCCCAGGAGGCGGCGGAGGGCUCCUCUGUGGUGUUCGAAGCAGAGACAGAGAAGACUGACGCCAAAGUAAAAUGGCAGUGCAACGCAAAGGACAUUGUGGCCAGUGACAAAUACUUAAUCACUGCGAACGGAAAGAAACAUUCUUUGACCAUUAAAGAAAUCACCAAGGACGACGCCAGUGUCUACGCAGUGAUUGCUGGAAGUUCUAAAGUCAAGUUCGAGCUCAAAGUUGUCACAAAGCCAGCCCCAGAGAAACCCCCUAUCGAGGCACCUGCAGAGACCCCUACUGAGACCCCUGCUGAGAUCCCUGCUGAGCUGAGCGCAGAGCCAGAGUCCACCGCUGUCCCAGUAGAUGGACCUCCGAAAGAUGAGACCGCAGCUACUGCCCCUGAUGCUGCAACAGAGGAUGGGCAGGCUCCCGACACAAGGCAAGACCUAAUUGGCCUCUUCACUGAGAAACCACAGUCCGGAGAAGUAACUGUGGGAGGAAAUAUCACAUUUGUGGCUAAAGUGAAUGCAACAUCUCUACUAAAGAAACCAACAAUCAAAUGGUUCAAAGGAAAGUGGAUGGACCUUGCAAGCAAAUCAGGAAAACAUCUGCAGCUGAAAGAGAUUUAUGAUCGCAACACAAAGAUCUAUACAUUUGAGAUGCAGAUUAUUGCAGCAAAGCCCAACUAUGCCGGAGGUUACAGAUGUGAAGUUUCGUCUCGAGACAAGUUUGACAGCUGUAACUUUGAGCUGACUGUACAUGAGGCCAGUGCAUCGGAGGGUUUGGACAUAAGAGCCGCCUUUCGACGAACUAGUGGCGACGGGAAGGAAGACUCAGGAGAGUUGGACUUCAGCGCUUUGUUGAAAAAGAGCAGUUUCCUAAAACCUUCAAAUCGUGCUGCGCAGGUGAACACGGAGGCAGAUGCUGACAUUUGGGAGAUUCUCAAAGACGCUCCUCCCUCAGAAUACGAGAGGAUUGCUUUUCAGUAUGGCGUCACCGACCUGAGAGGAAUGCUCAAGAGAUUAAAAAAGAUGAAGAAAAAAGAUGAAAAGAAAAGUGAAGCUUUUCUUAAGAGGUACAUCUUUGAGAGCGUGGGCAACAUGCGCUACCUCACAAUCAACCACUGUUCUCUGGCCGAUGACGCCGCCUACAGCUGUGUGGUGGGAGAGGAGAAGUGCACCACAGAGCUCUUUGUCAAAGAGCCUCCAGUCACAAUAGUGAAGAAUCUGGAGGAUCAGAUGGUGAUGAAGGGUGAACGAGUGGAGCUGGAGUGCGUCGUCUCUGAGGAAGGAGCCAAUGUUAAAUGGGAGAAGGAUGGGGUGGAGCUGACCAGAGAUGAAUCGUUUAAGUAUCGCUUUAAGAAAGAUGGCUGUAAACACAUCCUGAUUAUAAAUGAAGCUACAAAAGAAGACUGCGGCCUGUAUAAGGUUAAAACCAACGGCGGCGAGUCUGUGGCUGAGCUUAUAGUUCAAGAAAAGGAGCUGGAGGUUUAUCAAAGCAUUGCAGACCUGACAGUCAAGGCAAAGGACCAGGCGGUUUUUAAAUGUGAAGUUUCAGAUGAGAAUGUUAAAGGGACAUGGUUAAAAAACGGAGUGGAGGUCAAAGCCGAUGCAAGGAUUAAUAUAUUUCAUAUUGGCAGAAUCCACAAACUCACUAUUGAUGAUGUGAAACCUGAGGAUGAGGGAGACUAUACGUUUGUCCCAGACGGCCUCGCCUUCAACCUAUCAGCCAAAUUGAACUUCCUUGAGGUGAAGAUUGAUUACGUCCCACGACAAGAUCCUCCCAAGAUUCACUUAGACACAAUGGGACGCACUUCUGAGUCCACCAUCAUCGUUGUAGCAGGAAACAAACUGCGACUGGACGUUCCCAUCACAGGAGACCCGGCACCGACAGUGAUCUGGACCAAAGGAGAAAAGGUCCUCACUGAAGGAGAUGGCAGGGUCCAUGUUGAAACCACCAAGGGCCACUGUAUCUUCACCAUUGAAGGAGCAGAGCGUCAGGACGAGGGAAUCUACUCUGUGGUGGUCCGAAACGAAGCCGGAGAAGACACUGCUGACGUCCAUGUUAAAGUCGUGGAUGUGCCUGAUCCACCUCAAGCUCCCAGAAUCCUCAGUGUUGGGGAAGACUCUUGUGUUGUUCAGUGGGAUCCUCCGGUGUUUGAUGGCGGACAGCCUGUUAUUGGUUAUGUACUGGAGAGAAAGAAGACAAAGAGCUACAGGUGGAUGAGACUGAACUUUGAUCCGUACCCUGACACGACUUACGAGGCCAAAAGGAUGAUUGAAGGAAUGAUGUACGAGAUGAGAGUGUACGCCGUCAACAGCAUCGGCAUGUCCCGCCACAGUCCGGCUUCACAACCUUUCGUUCCUGUCGCUCCGACCAGUGAGCCAGUCGGCCUGUCUGUGGAUGACAUCACUGACACCACCAUCGCUCUGAAGUGGCGGCCUCCUGAGAGGAUCGGAGCGGCGGAGCUGGAGGGAUACAGGGUCGAGUACUGCAAGGAGGGCACUGACGAGUGGAUUCCGGCCUGCGAGGGGUUGACAGACAAGACGUCCCUCAUGGUCAGGGGUCUGAACACUGGGGACAAGCUGCAGUUUCGUGUCCGGGCGUACAACAUGGCAGGCCCCAGCGCCGCUGCCACUCUGGCUCAGCCCGUCACCAUCAGGGAGAUAAUGCAGAGACCAAAGAUUUGGCUUCCCAGAAAUCUUCGUCAAACUCUGAUCAAGAAAGUUGGAGAAUGUGUCAACCUGGUGAUACCAUUUCAGGGAAAGCCCAGGCCAGUGGUCACAUGGACAAAAGACGGGGAGCCGCUGACCUCCGCAUUAGUCAACAUCAGAAACAGUGAAACAGACACAAUCUUCUUCAUCCGUAAAACAGAGAGGAUCCACUCGGGCAAAUACCAACUGCAGGUUCAGAUUGAAAAUGUGGAGGACAAAACCACCAUCAAUCUACAGAUCGUUGACCUCCCCGGAGCUCCGGAAGCCUUGAAGAUCGUCGACGUCUGGGGUUUUAAUGUGGCUCUGGAGUGGAAGCCGCCAAAAGAUAAUGGCAACUGCGAAAUAACCGGCUACACCAUUCAGAAAGCAGACAAAAAAACAAUGGAGUGGUUCACGAUAUAUGAACAGUACAGACGCACUCACUGUGCGGCCUCAGACCUCAUUAUGGGAAACGAGUACAUCUUCAGAGUCUACGCUGCGAACCUCGUCGGCCUCAGUCCUGAGCCGUGCAACACAAAGGACAGCGCAUACAUCCAGAAAACAGCUAUUGAGUACAAGCCGCCCAGCUACAAAGACCAUGACUUCUCAGAGGCCCCAAAGUUCACUCGGCCUCUAGUGAACAGGUCCGUUAUUGCAGGAUACAACACCACUCUCAGCUGCGCAGUCAGGGGGAUACCAAAACCCAAAGUGACCUGGUUCAAGAACAAGAUGGACAUCUCGCACGAGGCCAAGUACCGGAUGCUCAGUAAACAAGGCGUUCUGACACUGGAGAUCCGGAAGCCCUGCACCUUCGACGGAGGCGUGUACACGUGCAAAGCCGUCAACGCCAGCGGAGAGGACGUAGUGGAGUGCAAACUGGAAGUGCGCGCUCAAAUCACCAAAGAAGAGACAAAGAAGUAG